GCAGUGCCUUGAAUCUCAACCCAAAUACAUGGCGCCGAACUCCCAAUCGCAGCGCCACGCAUUCGCAUUCUUCUCAAGUAAAUUAAAUUAUCGUGAGGGAGUGACUAUCAUGCCUGCAGCGCAAUUGCCGACGAUCGAUGGUGGCGCGCUUGGACUGGAGUCGGAACAUGUUGAUGUUAGUGUACAGGAUCAGUGGAACUUACCGUCGCGAUUAGGGAUUAAUUUUGAGACAGGGCAUGGAUUGCUGUAGGACAACGAUGGGAGGAUUGUAGACAGGUUGAGCGGGUUCGCAUCGCGAUGGUGGGAUGGCACAGCAUGGAGAUGGCAAGCUCGGGGGAGAGCUGGGUCGAUGGCUUGGAUUGGACGCCAGUGGAGGUCGGCAACCACGCCUCGUCGAAGGGGUCGGGGAGGGGCAUGGUGCACGCGGGAAACGGGUUUCUGUUGCCAUCAGAGGCGAUUGUUGAAGAGGCGCGUGGAGCGGUGCUUGUGAAUUUGGAGAUAGCCGGCACGUUGUUUGUCACAAAUUUUCGAGUGGUUUUCUUGGGUGGAGGUGCAAAGCAGCCAUUACCGCUCGGGACGAUUCCCUUAUUAACCAUCGAAAAUUUCUCUAAGCAGGUUGUCAAAACACCCAUAGGGCCUUCAAGUACAGCAUCGAGGCGUUUUCUUACAGCAUUUGGAAAGGAUUUGCGAACUGUUACAUAUGGGUUUUUGCCUCACACGAAGCAGAGAAGGAAGGUGUGCGAGGCUUUGGUGUAUCGUACAAGACCUACGCGAUUAUGGGAUUUGUACGCUUUUUCUGAUCCCUUUCCUACAAGCGGUGCUUCGCGCCAACGAUUGCGUGCGGAAUAUAUCCGCUUGAUGUCCGGGUAUACUCAUGAUUUUCAAAAUACAUCGCAACAACCUCAACGUGGCAGUAGCUGGCGACUUAGUGAAGUGAAUGCAAACUACAAUGUGUGUCCAACGUAUCCAUCGCUUAUGGUGAUGCCUGCAUCUAUCAGUGAUGACGAAAUACAGCUAGCCGCUCAUUUUCGUUCAAGGGGUAGGCUUGCGCAUCUUUGCUGGCAGCACUCUGAUAAUGGAGCUGUGCUCGCUCGAUCUUCUCAACCAUUUACAGCAUUCGGGAUGACACGCAGCACUGCUGAUGAAAAGCUUGUCGCUGCUGUCUGUGAUACUAUAAAUCAGCGCAGGAAGUUGUACAUUGCUGAUGCUCGACCAAGAAAGAAUGCGCUAGCUAACAGUGCAUUUGGUGGCGGUUCGGAAUCAUCUGCUAACUAUCUACAAUCUGAGGUGAUUUUCCUGGGCAUCGAUAAUAUUCAUGGGAUGCGUGAUAGCUUGACUAAGAUGCGUGACUUCUUGGACACCCACGGCGCAUCUUCCUCUGAUGGAUCAUCUUCUUUACUGCGGAGUGGAGGACGUGCAUGGGUUGGAGGGAAUGUAGCUAGUGUAGCAGGAGCUGCAUCGGCGUUAGGGGAUAGUGGCUGGCUUCUCCACUGUCAUAAGAUUAUAACAAGUGCUGUUUGGAUUGCCGCUCGUAUUCACCUUGAGGGUGCUUCCGUUCUAGUUCAUUGCAGUGACGGAUGGGAUAGAACGACACAAUUAGUUUCUUUGGCAAGCCUCCUCCUUGAUCCAUAUUACCGUACUUUUCAGGGAUUUCAGGCACUGGUAGAGAAGGAUUGGCUAGCUUUUGGACACAUGUUCUCAGAUAGAUUGGGAAUUCCCACGUUCACGGGGACGCGAAACUUGUCUGCUACUGAUUCACUGAUGAGGCAAGCAGGCCAGGCUUCCACGUCACCAGGUCGAGGUGCUGUCGAGAAUUCUUCGUCUUCUGUCGCCAGUCACUCACCGGGUGCACAGUCCAAUAAUUACUCACCAAUUUUUCUGCAGUGGAUGGAUGCCGUGGCUCAGCUUCUGCGAAUCUAUCCGAGUGCUUUUGAAUUUACCCAAGCAUACCUUGUGGAUCUUAUGGAUUGCGUACUUUCAUGCCGGUUUGGGAACUUCCUCUGUAACAGCGAAAAGGAUAGAGUUUUAGGAGGAAUUGCAGAGUCUACUUCUUGUGUGUGGGCAUAUAUGAAGCAGUUACGUGACCGGAGGGGAAAAGAACAUGAGCACUAUAAUCUGUUCUACAAUAGCUCUCAAAAUGCUGGAGUUCUGCUUCCACCAGCUGCAGCUUCCGCUCCCAGCUUGUGGCGCCAAUAUUUUUUACGCUGGUCUUGUGCUAGCCCUGCAAAUACUGGAGGCAAUCCUCCUGUAGGCUGGGCUCAUGGCGGUGACCUUGAAUCAGCUGCACAUGGACUUGCUGAGACCUUCUCAACUGUCCGAAAAGCAAAGGAUAAAGCGGAGGAGAAAGUUCGAGAGUUAUUGGCAGAAAAGAAGCUGCUAUUGGAGCAGCUGCGGGAGGAACAAGAAGGGCGGAUAGCGGCCAUGGCAGCAGCCAUGCGUGGGCGACGGGAGACUGCAGCUUUGAAGCAAGUUAUAGAGGCUGUUGGUUGCAAUAUUCGCAUAAAUAAUUUAGCGCCACAACUUUUAGAUGCCUCAAUUGAAGAUAGUCCAGAUUUUACUGGUGUGCGAGGCGAGAGAAGUUGCCAGACUUCAAGUACUGUAGGUGGUAAUGUGAAGGAUGAUGACAACAUGGAACGGCAGCUCUCAGUCUCUGUAUCUUUGCGGUCAGACGUGGAUGGAACAGUUGAUGUAUUUCGAAGACCAUGUGGUGCUGAUUUCAACAGCAGCUGUAGGCUGCGACUGGGAGAAAGUUGUCGUUGGCCCCAAACUGGCUGUGCUAGGAUAGGCAGUGCCUUCGUUGGGCUGCGUGCCGAUUUUGGUGCAUUAGAACGACUUGCAAUUUUGGAAUCCUAUUUCGAUUCAGAGCAUCCAGAUAUAGAGGAGGAAAAAAUGUGCAGCAAUCACCUUUACAAGUGUCUGAUGUCACAGAAGUCGAAUAUGUAAAUUACAUGCUAUGGCAUCACUUAAACUAAUGUACUCUUAACAGUCGGAAUCAU